ACUAGUGACAAUUGUCAACAGUUUACUGUCAAAUCGCGAACGAAGAAAAUAAAUGUUCAUUGAACUAUGUAUGAUAAUAAGAUAUCUUCGAUAUUUCUUGUAAAUCGUAAAAUUUCGGUGUUAUAAGUGACAGAGUGGUCGAUUUAUUCACAUAUUUCGGUAGCGAUUCAUUCCAUCGAGAUAACGGAUUAAAGACCAAUGCAUCAAUCAACGUGCUAAUCGAAGAUAUCGAGUGUUUAACGCAAAAUAACUAAACAUGGCACACCAAAUGCCCCCUUCGGUGAACUGCUCGUUGGACGACAUCGACCUCACAGCCCUCAAAGAUCCCGCCGGUAUUUUCGAACUUAUAGAAGUCGUCGGCAACGGAACCUACGGGCAAGUAUACAAGGGUCGUCACACUAAAACGGGUCAGUUGGCCGCCAUCAAAGUCAUGGACGUGACCGAAGAUGAGGAGGAGGAAAUCAAACUAGAGAUAAACGUUUUAAAGAAAUUUUCCAAUCACCGUAACAUAGCCACUUAUUAUGGGGCGUUCAUCAAGAAAUCGUCGCCCGGAAAAGACGAUCAGCUGUGGUUGGUGAUGGAGUAUUGCGGCGCCGGUUCCGUCACGGACCUGGUAAAAUCUACCAAAGGGCAAUCAUUGAAGGAAGAAUGGAUCGCCUACAUCUGCCGUGAAAUACUGCGGGGGUUGUCGUAUUUGCAUUCAAACAAAGUGAUUCACCGGGAUAUUAAAGGACAAAAUGUCUUACUCACGGACAACGCGGAAGUCAAAUUGGUCGACUUUGGUGUAUCCGCGCAACUGGACAGAACAAUCGGACGAAGGAACACGUUUAUCGGCACGCCCUAUUGGAUGGCCCCCGAAGUAAUCGCCUGCGACGAGAACUCGGAAGCCACGUACGACAAUCGCAGCGACCUCUGGUCGUUGGGCAUUACGGCACUCGAAAUGGCGGAAUCCCAGCCGCCUCUGUGCGAGUUUCAUCCCAUGAGGGCUUUGUUCCUUAUUCCCCGUAACCCGCCGCCGCGGCUCAAGAGCAAAAAGUGGAACAAAAAGUUUCACGGAUUUAUCGAAACCGUACUAGUCAAGGAUUAUCACGAGAGGCCGUACACGGAGCAAUUGUUGAAACACACGUUUAUCCGCGAUCAACCGACCGAACGCCAGGUAAGAAUACAGCUGAAGGAUCACAUAGACAGAUGCAAGAAGAGGAAGCAAGAAAAGGAACGCGAAGACUAUAGAUAUUCGGGCUCCGAGAACGAAGACGAGGAGUCCCAAAUGGCCGGCGAGCCCAGCAGCAUCGUUCAGGCUCCCGAGGGCGAUACUUUGAGAAGAAAUUUUCAGCAGAUACAGGAAGGUCGCGCGGCUAUCGAGCCGCCGUCGAGGCCAUUGCCGCCUCCGCCCGAUACCAGCGUGCCGCCCAGGAUUCAACCGAUACCGCACAGAAACUCCCAGUCGCAGCAUAACUUCAAGCCGAUGGAACUGGACGCGUUGGCUGCUCACCUAAACGAACUGGGUGUGCAGCAGCAACAGAGCAAGCCGGAAGAGGAGAAACCGAAAAACGAAGGAUACAACAAUAGAAUGAGUUCCCACGGACAGUCGGCUUCUAAUAAUAACGGACUGCAAAUUAUAACUCAGUCGUCGGUUGGGGCGGAUCAUUCGGUAGAUACACUCGACGAUAGCGAGAGCGACUCGGAACCAGAAGAGAUCGGAAGAGGAGCUCGUAACGACGGUACUUUAUUGGCAAGCGAUCCGCCUAAACCAUUGGGAGGUUUGGGCACGGUCCCUGAGAGUAGUAGCUCGAGCGUUUCGAGUCCGGCGGCCACGAACAAUUCCGGUGGUGCUCCGAACCGUCCCCUGCCUCCAACACCCGACGAUGACGACCUACAAACCGACUACACCUUGGUGCGAAGAAAGAACGGCAGAAAUAACGACAAUUCGAGGCAAAGCAGCGUAUUGCCUGACUUAUUGAGUCAAACUAGUGGCAGUCCAAACGCUCCCUCGUCCCGGGACCGGGACAAGUCCCAUAACGACGAAUACAACUCGGAUCAGUCGCCGUUCUUGCACGCGAACGCAUUGGCUUUGCAACAAAAGCAGCGUUCGUUCUUGGCGUUCGGAUUCGGAGUCAAUUCGCAGCCGUCGCGAAGAGAAUCUCACGUCAACGUGAACGUCACGCCCACUUCGCAUGAUAUCUCGUCGGACACUCCCGAAAUAAGGAAAUACAAGAAACGAUUCAACAGCGAAAUAUUAUGCGCGGCACUGUGGGGAGUGAAUCUUCUAAUCGGGACGGAGCACGGGUUGAUGUUGCUCGACCGUAGCGGUCAGGGCAAGGUGUAUCAGUUGAUAUCGCGACGCAAAUUUCAGCAAAUGGAAGUGCUCGAAGGUCAAAACAUCCUCGUCACGAUAUCCGGCAAGAAGAAUCGUGUCCGGGUUUAUUACCUGAGCUGGCUGAAGAGUAAAAUUUUAAGAACCGACGGGGUUAGCGAUCAGGUCGAGCGCCGUAACGGCUGGAUUAACGUCGGAGAUCUUCAAGGUGCCGUUCACUUUAAAAUUGUCAAGUACGAGCGUAUAAAAUUUUUAGUCAUCGCCCUUAGGGAUAGCAUAGAAAUAUACGCGUGGGCACCGAAACCGUACCACAAAUUCAUGGCGUUUAAAUCGUUCUGCGAUUUAACUUAUAAACCUAUCCUGGUCGACUUGACAGUGGAGGAAGGAACCAGAUUAAAAGUGAUAUACGGAAGUUCCGACGGUUUCCACGCGGUCGAUUUGGAUUCGGCUAGCGUAUACGAUAUUUAUUUACCAAAACACACUCAAAACGGAAUAACUCCGCACUGUAUAGUCACCUUACCGAACAGCAACGGUAUGCAGUUAUUGCUUUGUUACGACAAUGAAGGCGUAUAUGUGAACACCUACGGAAGGGUGUCGAAAAAUAUGCUACUGCAGUGGGGCGAAAUGCCAACUUCCGUCGCCUAUAUAGGCACGGGACAAAUCAUGGGGUGGGGCAAUAAAGCUAUAGAGAUAAGAUCGGUAGAGUCCGGUCAUCUGGACGGCGUGUUCAUGCACAAGAAAGCGCAGCGGCUCAAAUUUCUUUGCGAAAGAAACGACAAGGUUUUCUUUUCUAGUGCCAAAAGUGGUUCCUCAUGCCAGAUUUAUUUUAUGACACUGAACAAACCGGGAAUGGCGAAUUGGUAGGUUAAUAUGAACAAAAAAAAUAAAUAAAUAAAUCGCUGUAUAUGGUUAAAGUUAGCUCGAUUAAACGCGGGACUUGUAGAUACGCUAUUUGUUUCCAAAAUUUUCGUGAACAGAAAAAAGUAAAAAAAAAAGUGUUGGUGCUACUACCGAGGAAAUCACAGACACGCUUGUUUCUGGAUGUUGGUCAAAAAAUUUAUGUGUACAUAAUAUUGAUUUUAUAAGAUUUGAGUUAUCGCAUUUUACUUACUUAAUAAUAUCACAUACACUCUUAUAACCUAAUUAUAUAGCGAAUAAUGGCGGAUACCCAUUUUGUUCAAUGUUUUUUAUUUAUAUCCAUAGAUGCAAUGAUGAAAAAUUUAUUGGUUUUUGUAUGGCAUGUUUUAGGUAAAUAUGUAAUAUUUUCAUAUAUUUGUAGUAGUUAGGGGCAAUUUUGUAAUUUUAUUA